AUGAAUUACAACUUUAAUUUUGCACAUCAAAGUAAAAUUAAACAAGCAGGCAUCUUUGGAGUGGCAGCUCUCCUUUCUGUGAUUGUCGAAGGAAUGCUUGCCAAACGACCAAGAUAUAACAAAUUUUCAGAUGAACCCAUGCCAGAAAUUGUAGAAUACGAUCGACAUGUGGUUCGUCCUGGUGCAAAUGUACUCGUAGAUUUGAUGGAUUUCAGUAGAACGACCUUUGAUAAAGUUCCAAAAUUUGAUUAUCGAAAUGAAGAAUCAGUUUUUAAAACCACUCUUCAUCCUCCACAGCAGUAG